AUGGGUUUUGAUAAUGAGUGCAUAAUCAAUAUUCAAUCUCUUGCUGGAGAGUAUUUUUGUCCUGUUUGUCGUCUUCUCGUGUUUCCGAAUGAAGCUUUGCAGUCACAAUGUACUCAUUUAUAUUGCAAGCCGUGUUUGACGUAUGUAGUGAGUACUACCAGGGCUUGUCCUUAUGAUGGUUAUUUGGUGACUGAGGCCGAUUCCAAGCCUUUGGUAGAGACGAACAAGACACUUGCUGAAACUAUUGGGAAAAUAGCCGUUCAUUGCUUGUAUCACAGGAGUGGAUGCUCAUGGCAAGGAACUUUGUCUGAGUGUACAUCUCAUUGUUCUGGAUGUACUUUUGGCAACUCUCCUGUUGUUUGCAACAGGUGUGGGAUUCAAAUAGUGCACAGUCAAGUUCAAGAACAUGCACAAACUUGUUCUGGCGUGCAAGGUCAGGUACAGCAGGGGGGCAUUGCCCAGGACCCUUCAGCUACCGGUGCUUCUGCUGUUGCAUCUACCGAUCAAAACCAGGUUGUGGCUCCAGUUGCAGCAACAGCUUCACAACCAGUGACUUCUCAAUCAGUGGUUGCAACUAGUGCAGCUGUGCAUGUUUCAAAUCAGCUACCCAACCCGGCAUCUCAAACCCAACCUUUAGGCCAAGCGGCUGUGCAGGCAACAGCAGAUCAAUGGUAUCAGCAGCAACACUAUCAACAAUAUUACCAGCAAUACCCUGGACAAGAUCAAUACCAACAGCAGUAUCAGCAGUAUUACCCUUAUCAACAGUCUGCUGUUCCACAAUAUCAACAGGCCUAUGUCCAGCCUCAACCUCAGCCACAGACACAGCCCCAGCCCCAGUCGCAGCCUCAAGCACAGCCUCAGGCUCAAGGACUGUCUCAACCAGUUUCACAUGUGCAGACUCCUGCAGCUCCACAAUCUCAGAAUCAUAUGCAAGUUCACCAACAACCACAGCAGCUUCAACCUGCUGUACAGCCACAUGGGCAGAUGACUCACCCACCUGGCCAUGGUCAAGCCUUCCCUCAGCCUCAGUCUUAUCCUUACUCCCAAGUUCAGCCUCAUUCUGGGCAACCCCAACAAAAUAUGCAAAUCCCUCCUUAUCAGCAACCUCAUCCUCAACUGCAGCAUCCACAACCUCAAAAUCAGCAACCAGUUCAGAAGUAUCCCGUUCCUCAACCUCAAGUUCAUCCACAAAUGCAACCUAAUGCUCCAGUUCAACAUCCUUCUCAGCCUCAGAUGCAAUCUCACCUGCCCAUGGCUCCUAAUGUACAGUCUCAAGGGCAAAAUACAAUGUCACAUGCAGUUACAGGUCAUCACUCUUAUCCCCAACCUCUGUCUCAUCAGAAUAUGCAAGUGGGAGCCCCUCAAUCUAACAUGCACUCGAAUCCUCCAAGUGGGCAGCUCCAGGGCCAGCAUCCUGUCCAGAUGCAGAAUCAGUUUCCUCAACAAGCUCCAAUGAUUCGCCCAAAUCAGUCUCAUGCUAUGUAUCCUAAUCAGCAGGUAGCUUUGUUGCCUUCAUCUGUUCAAGGUCAAAGCACCCCUCUUCUGCAACUGCAGCCAGGAUACACUCCUAAUCAACAAACUGGACAAACCAACCAGCGUCCUAUUUUGCAACCGGUUCAACAAAUAUUACCUCAGCAACCAUUUGCACAACACCAGACCCCAAUGCCAUCUCAUCUUCGACCUCAAGGUCCAGUACAUUCUUUUCCCAAGCAUGCUUAUCCCCAGUCCAAGGGUAAUACCACACUAUCUCAAAAUGUCAUUGGAAGGCCUUCAAUUCCCAAUCAUGCAGGACACGUACAGCCAUUUGCACACACUGCCAAUACAAUUCCUGUUAGACCAGGGAAUCAGAAUAUGUUGGUUGGGACCAAUAAUCAAGUGCAGUCAAGGGCACCAGAUCCAAUUGAAAGACAAGGUGAUGUCACUGAGCAACAAACUGACUCUGCCUCAGGGAAACUUGGAAAAAAUGAGUUGAAAUCUGAAAAAGAAACAAGUUUGAAAUCCACUGAGGUUGGGAGUAAGCAAAAUAGUGAAGAUCCACACUCUGUGAAGACUUUAGGCCCAAAUGCUAAUGCAUUUGAAAACGGUGAUACGUUGAAUAAUAAUGUUGGAAAGGGUGUGGCUUCUGAAAGCACCAAAGUUCAACAUGAUAGUAAUGAACAUUCUGUUGUACAAGGCAAUGAGAUUCAAGGUGGACCCCCACUGAAGACAGAGCCAAAACCCUCUGAAUCGGAAACUGACAAACUGCACAGUGAUGAUAUUCGUACUCCAAGGCCUCCUUCUGGUGCUGACAAUCCUGCACCAGCUGUCUCUCAGACAAAUGGUGGUCAUGGACCCGGCAUUGAUGAAUAUAGAGGAAUGCAGUCCGGGGGCUUAGCUCAGCCAGCUCAUCCAGUUUCUUUCCAGCAGAGGUCUUCUACAGUUUUGACAUCACAAUUGCCACAUCCAACAGGUCCAAAUCAGCCCCUUUCUGCAGCAAACUCUUCAACUCUUCUCAGGAAUCAUGGAACUGCACCUGCACUUCGUUCAGGACAGGCCUUAAACUCCAUGGAUAGUUUUCAGCCAACCGUGUUUAAGCAACCACAUGGUUCUGAUGUUCAGUUUAAUAUUCCAGGCCGGAGCUUUCAACCUCAGCCUCAUGGACCUCCAGCAGGAUCAUAUAACCAAGUUCAUGAACCGCCUUUCCAUACUGGAGCUUCCAAUUUGUCUCGAAGUGGAGGACCACAGUUUGGUGCCCCACCACAUGGAGAUAUGCACAGUGGAAUGCCAGCCAACUUUCCACCACAUGCUCCUGAAGGUUUUGGCGUGCAGGAUGAAAGGUUCAAAUCUUUCCAAAUUCCUAGUCAGCAAAAUAUUGAUCGGAGAGAGUUUGAAGAUGAUCUCAAGAAAUUCCCCAGGCAUCCUUUGGAUGCUGAACCAGGUUCUAAAUAUGGAAAUUAUUCAUUAGGUCUACAUGAAGCUGGAAAGAGACCAGUUGGCUUUCAUGAUGAUGCCAUCAAGAAACCAACUUCAAAUCUUCAUUCUGGUCAUCUUGGACCAGGUCCUGGAUAUGGUAUACAUCCAAUGGAUGGAAUGGCUCCAAGAAGCCCUGGUAGUGAAUACACAGAUAUGCCUUCCCGUAGAUUUGGGCCCCUCUCUGGUGGUCUUAUUAGCAAGUCAGGUAUAGAUGAUUUUGAAGGCAGAACUGCAAAUCGAUUUGGUGAUUCAGUUAGCAAUGCAUUCCGUGAUGGUCGGUUUCCUCAUCCCCCUAGCCAUUUGCAUAGAGACGAGUUUGACGGUUUUGGUAAUUUUCGAAUGGACGAACAUCCAAGGAGGGGUAAUUUCACUGGUCAGGACGAAUUUGCUGGCCAUUUCCAAAGGGGCGAACAUUUGGGUCCACAUAAUUUUCCUAGACAUUUGCGGCUGGGGGAGCGUAUUGGUUUUGGUGAUCAUCCUGGUCAUAUGCGAGCCUUUGAACUUAGUGGUUCUCGGAGUUUUGAAUCUUUUACCCAAGGCAGCAGGCCAGGUCAUCCGCAGCUUGGUGAACCUGGGUUUAGGAGCAGCUUUUCCCUCGCAGGAUUUAAUAACGACGCUGGAUUCUUAACCAGAGAUAAUCGGCCGUUUGAUAAUCCGAGGAGAAGAAAGGCCAUCAGUACGGGGUGGUGCCGAAUAUGUAAAAUUGACUGUGAAACAGUUGAAGGUUUGGAAUUGCAUUCUCAAACAAGGGAGCACCAGAAGAUGGCCAUGGAUGUAGUUAAAGCAAUCAAACAAAAUGCAAAGAAACAGAAAUUAAUACCCAGUGAACAAUCCUCCGUUGAAGAUGGAAAUAAAAUAAGGGCUACUGGUUUUUAG